UUGAUUAGGCUGUAUUCUGCUAAAAAGCUGUUUCAUGUAUAAAACAUUGGAGAGUGCAUAAAGAAGCUUUUUGUUUAUGUAGGUAUAUUAAGCAAUAUUGUGGGGUAAUCAGAAUGUAUACAUAAAUUACAACGCAGCGCAACCUAGGAUUGACGCAUAUUUUAGGUUUUAUUGAUACGACGUGGCCCCGCAUUCUCCGCAUUACGAUUGUAUCAUGGUGCUAUCCCCACCCUUAUGACAGCCCGUCUCACUUGCGCGCCAGCGUAAUUACACUCGACACAUCCGUUCACAGUGGUGCACAAUAAAUGGUUAUGAAUUCUCCGAAUCGUUGGUUAGAACAGUACAGCUGCGUCAAAAGCAUUUCGAAAGUAUAAAUCGUGGUCCCACACACACACACACAACCUCUACUUAUACGCGCAUCUCUGUCACGCCUGCGUUUUGCUCGGCAUUUCCAUCCUUGUUGUUUUUUUAUGCCUGAAAGUGGGUUCGCCCGUUGCGGUUGCCAACACAUUUGGACCUCGGGUUGCCAGGCAACCGAUGUGGAAAGUUCUAAGCAGUUGGCGAGCCGGUACAGCGGAACAAAUACCAUCGGCAGGUUUCAUCCCCACUAUCACCACCGACCGCCGCCGUAGGACCCACAGUGGGUUCGAGUUGGAGCAUGGCAUGGCGUACGCGGCGCGGUGUGCUCGCUCUGCUGCGAAAGACCCGCAUUUGAACCUCGAUGUUAGUGCGUAAAUGUUCGCGCGGGCUUGUGUUGUGUAUUGAAGCAGAAGCAGGCGCUCGCGACGAACGCAAACAAAAGCAAAACGAAACGUGCGCCGCAUCAUAAUAACUACUCGACACGCGCAACCUGAAAUCGUCUAAAUUUUCAUCGGCGGAAACCUUCAACUUUUCAAUUUAAAUCAAAUAAUUGUUAUUUAAAUUUAUUUUACCAUGCGGUCCAACCAUGGUCCAUGUAAACAUUAACUCGAGAAAUUUGCUUUACCGUUCAGGUGGUACAAAUUGCCUGGAUUGCGACAUUAACUUCACUAGCGAAGAGUAUCUUAUUGAACAUCUGCUUCGUCAUCAUAUAAAACAGCCGAAAGUUAUUUUGGAGCGGCACACAGACAAGCCGAUCAAGUUGAGAAUUAAGGGUAGUAAAGGCGAAGGUUUUCGGAUUGUUACCGGCAAAUCUCCUGCCCAUCCUAAAUCGAAAACCAGCGUUAACGGAAUCGUAGAAAACGAAAAAGAACCUACGAAUUUUGAAACUUCUGAAGUAAGUUCCGAUGCAGCUGAUGCGGUUAAUACAGAUGCAAAUUUAACCGCGGAAGAGGUUCCGCAGCAGGACGCGAUGCAGAAUAUAGAUUUUCAAGAUACUGAGGAGGUUGUCGCAUCGGAUGAAAAGAUUACAUAUGGAAUGACGGAGAAUGUACCUGGGGGUGAACCUACCCCUCCACCUGAUAACCCUACGCCCGAAAUACCGAAAAUUCGAAUAAAAACUGGCUUGCUGGCAACAGAUCCCAACCCUGGUCAUGAGUUAAUUGAGGAGGUACAUACGCCUGGGACCUUGGAAAACAGUGAAUCCCUGACAAGCUUGUUCAAGAAUAAUGAUCGGGCGAAAGAUUUGGGUUUCACCACUAGUGAUCCUGAUUAUGUACCGCAGGACGCAGCAAUGCAAUCUUACAAUCCUGCGUCAAAUGCAAUGAUGGCUAAGAACUCGUUGGCUUCUAUCUCUAACAUACCAAUGCAGGAACUUGCGCAACAAGUAUCAAGGUUGCAGAAUGGUCUACAGACGCCCAACGGGAUGCACCAGCAAAAUGUGCUGAUCAAUAUACAGCACUUUCAGCAGCCGCAACCACCGGUACCGCAUAACGUUCAUAAUUACCCAGUGCUUCCGCCUAUAUAUCCACAACAGUCGCAGCCGCAGGCAGCGCCACCGCCACCUACAUUUCAACACAACGCACCUCCCAGAUAUCAUUAUCCGUCCGGAGGUCAUAUGUAUUACCAACCACCCCCACCACCAGGAUAUCCGCAUCCACAACACAACCAGAGGCCACAAAAUCAAAUGGGACCACCAGUGCCACCGGGUCCACCACGACAGCCAACACCGUGCAUACGAUACCCACCGCAAAAUCAAAUGAUGCAUCUUCCAAUUAAUCAUCGCUCUCCACGUGGAAGACCUUCCCUUGCUUCGCAAUCUAGACCGACAGCGCCAAUGCAGCAAAGAACACGACAACCUAGGCCCAGAAUGCCCAUCCUUCAACAGACCCUCGCAACUCCACCACCUACCAAACAAAAUGUGAAACCCAUGAAACGGUCACGGUCUCCAGUAUUAUUGAACGGCCAGAAUCAAAUGAAAAUUAAUGAAAUGAAGAAAAUGAAAAUGGAUACUUUGGUACCUGAUAAAAAUGACGAUGCCGACUGUGAAGUAGUAGCUGUCACACAGAAAAGUUCAAGUUUACCACAGAUACAAAGUAUACAGGGAAAUGUGUCAGAUCCCAAUACAAUGCACUUAUCAGAGUCUAUUACACUGACAACAAUCCAACCUUCAAUAUCUCCUAAACAGAAAGAAGCUCGCGCUGAGGCUAAAGAAGUAGCAAGCGUUUUGGCUGCACGUGGAAUCACAGUCACAACUGCCCCCCGCAAUAAAGACUCUGCAUCACCUCUGGACUCUUCGGGUAGUAAUACUCCUGUAUCAAUUAAUCUCAAUAGUGCAGUGUGCAUCAUUCCGCAAAAGAAGAAAGACGAUGCUGCACCCUCACCGACUGUGGAUUUAACAGAUGAUGUAAAUCCACCUGGGGUUACUCCAUCCCAACCUACUACAUCUAUGAAACCCCCUCAACCGAAAAUACCAACAGGAACCCAACAAUAUGAGUGUCAUAUGUGUAUAUCAAAGUUUCCGUCGGUUGCGAUGCUGAUUAAACACCGUAAGACAUAUCACAGGACUAAUGUCGGGCCUGAGUUCGGAAUACCUUUGAUUGAUCUGAAGAGUCCCGGCGUCACUCAGCGUUUGACGAAAUUCGGGAUUUUUCAUUAUAUCCCGCUGCCGAAUACAAACUCGGGUGGUAUGUUCGCGCUGCCGAUUUUGAGCGUGGAUGCACAGAAUACGACUAAUCCGCAGGACUUUGCUUCGUCUAUUUUAACGCUCGGACCAAUCAAACCGAUUAAUCCGCCGCGGCCGGUGAUAAAACGCGGCAAACCGCCCAAUAAUAACGUAUCGACAACUUCCUAUAAUAGUUCAUAACGAGUGACUCGCAUCCGUAGAUAAUUUUUGAGUUUGAACUAUGUUUUAAGACUGAGAUGCGCGCAAUGGCAUUGAUUUUAAGUUAAUAAUUUUUGUACUUACUGUAAAUAUGGACCUUCGCAAUAUCGUAUUAAGUUAUUGUUAUAUAUGUUUAUUUAUCGAUUGUACAUUUUAGAAUUGUGAAUUAAGUUGAAGAGGAACACAUAUUUUUGUUAAAUAUAAAAAGCAUUUCUCAAACAUGC